AUGACUGUGGAGUGGUCCGCGGUUAGUCUAUCGGAGGAUAACGAGUUGCCAACAAUGGAGCUGCCCGAUGCCCGAUCUAUGUUGGUAGUACUAUUGGCGGUGCUAAUGCUGGUCCCCACGGAACAGGCUCCGCUGGGCGAGCAUCCAGACCAUGCUGGCUGCAUACGGAUUACCAUAAUCAAGAGACCCCUGGGCACCUCCACCACCUCGACUACCACCACCACGACGACUACGACCACCACUACUACAGUGGCCACCACAGCGGCCACCGGAUAA